AUGUCUCUGGGGUGCAUUCUCACGUAUCGAGUCUUCGUCUCGUAUCUUUCUGCACGUGCUCCCGCCCGCGAAGCACCGCAGAGUCGACUCGCCGGUGAUGCUGCACAGGUGUCAUGUUUGAGAUGUCGGGAUGAACUCUGCGGCAGCCUCGUCCCCAACACUGGCAAAAAACCAACACGGCUCUAA